GUCUCGUCUGCCUGCCUCAUUCCCAUCAUUGCAGUGCCUCAUUGAAGUCUAUUGCAUCGCCCAAGCCAAUGGAGACGCUGUAGGUUAAUAGUCAACAUGAGCAAGAGGAGAGGAGAUAUCCGGCACUUUUUUGGUUCUAAAAAAAGAGAAGCAGAGGGAGGUCCGAAUGACAGUCAGCAGGCAGGAGGAGGUCAGGAGGACAGUGAGCAGGCAGGACCUAGUAGCAAAGAGAGGACAGGCUAUUGCGUAAGAAGGUUCUGGAGCCAGGUUCUGAGCAUGCUCUCCGGCCUGUAUGGGAUCAGGAGGUGACAGUGCAGUUGCAGGGGGUACUGGAAGACAGGACUGUGGUGGAGAAGGAUACCAAGCUCACCUUUAUCAUUGGCGAGGGUGACGUUAACCAGGCCCUGGAAGAGUGUGUGCUAUCCAUGGAGCUGAAAGAGAUCAGCUUGCUGCUGGCAGAUUCACACUACACAUACGGACUUCUGGGAAGGGACCCGGACAUUCCAGCCUGCAGCCCCCUGCUGUACCAGCUCCAGCUCCUGGACAUCAGGGAAAAGCCAGACCCCCUGGACCUGCUCAUCUCUGACCGGAUCCGAAUUGGCAACCAGAAACGGGAGCGGGGGAACUUCUUCUUCCAGAGGGAGGAGUUUGUCAUGGCAGCACAGUCCUACUGCAUGGCCUUGCAUGUCCUGACCACACAGACCAGAGUGAGACGGAAGCCUGGAACGAGAGAUGCGCGCGGGAGCUACGUGACCCCUCUUCCUGCUGUCCUGUGUUUAUUCUGCUUGUUUUGUGUUGUAAUAUUGUGGAACACACAAUAAAUGCCCGUGUGUGUCUCA